CCACGCCGAGCGUUCCUCCUCUCCCUCCCCAGUGGCAGCGUGGAGUCGCUGCCGUCGCUGCUGUGCCCGCUCCCGAACCGGCGGCUGCGUGUGACGCUGCCGCUGCGAGCCGCCGCCGAGUAUUGACCGCGCCAAGCCCAGACCGUCAGCUCUGCAUCGGGCUGGCAGUCCGCGCGCCCCUGUGUGUUGUCUGUUGUGCCGAGGAUUCGCAGCGACUCGGGAGGUCUCGCGGUGCUUCCUUUUCAUUUCUAGUUGCCAGAACGGAUACUUUCAGCGGUGCCGAUCCACUUUCGGAGCAAGCGGCAGCGAAGUUACGUGUUGUUUCGGUGGAGGAUUUGCGAUUCGACACUCGUGCGGUCGCGUCACAAGACUGGGCACCUCAUCUCGAAGCGGCCCUGCCUUCGACACACCACCUCACGCGCAGUGCAGAACGUCGCUUGCUGUUCGGCGCCUUGCUACUUCCACCAAGCCAGGAUUUGUCAAGCCAACAUCGCAGCAAACGGCUUCACCUCACAGCCCAGGCGUCCGUAACGACGCCGCCGGCAGGCUACCUCUCCUGGCGGCCGUGUCUUGUUGCGGCGGGCCCGGUAACAACAAAGCGAUGCCUUGUUCUCGCGCCAGUUUGCAUUGGGAAACUGUGAACUGACGGUGGCUGGGGAGUUACGCGGACAACGAUCUACAGCGGUAACUGUUUUUCAAAUAGGAUCUGCGAUUCCCGUUCCUUUGUUCGUGGUGCCCGUUCGGCUGCUGCCGCGCGCUGUUUGAGAGUCGGCGUGGUGUUCCGCUGGCUUUAUCGCGGGGAUUUUGUGAGAUUUCGCCGCGUCUUUCUGGAUUGCACACCCAUGUUUUGUGGAUACGACGUGUUCGCUCCCGGAUACACCUCUCUGCGCUGCAGGCGGCGAUUCUCCGACUUCGGCGUCUGAUGGAUAUACGCUAGGAAGCCGGAGCCCUCUCGGACCAGGCGGGUCCUGGCAGCAUGUCGUUUGAGUCUCCGCGGUUCCCGGAGCCUCCGGACGAAGGCGGAGGCCUGGGCGACUCCGCUACCGACGAUGACGAAGACCCUCUAGCCUCGUCCAAUUGCGGGGACGACGCCGGGCCCGGCUGCUUCCCCCGGCCCCCGGAGUUCGGCGUGCCCCCACCCCCGCUGCCACCGGGCCUGUGCUCGUCGGUGGCCUCCGGUCGGCGCGCGGGCGCCUCUUCGUCCCCGGCCGACGAGCUGCAGUUCUGCGAGGUUCGGCCCGUGGGCGCCGAGCUGACCACGCCUUCGGCCUUUCCCUCGCUGCCCGUGAUCGCCGUCUGCUCCUCGGUCGUCCUCGUCGCCGUCCUCGUCGCUUCGUUCCUCCUCUGGAAACACAAGAAGAAGGUGCAGAACUUCCUGCCCUGCAAGAGCCCCCACCAGGGCGUGCCGUGCGACCUGAGUGCGGCCAAUGGUGCGGCCUACAGCGACAUCCUGCUCAACCACCACCACCCGACCAGGCUGCCCGCACACCUCGUGCACGGAACCGACACGCACACGCUCACGCCGAUCGAGUUGCUGGACGUCAAGUACGGCAGCUACGGCGCCCCGCACCUCGCCCCGCUGACGCAGACCAACUACACGUUCCGGCCGGCUAGCCUGCGGCCUCAGGACCACCCGCAGCAACACCGUACGCCGCAGCAUGCCACCUUGCACGGACACCACGCAGGCUCGACGGGGAGCGGCCGCCGGUCAGCGCCAGGCACGUCGCAGCGCUCGUCGCACAAGGCUCCCAACAGCCGCACGGGCACGACGUCGUCGCGCCGCUCGCACCGCGGGGCGAACAGCGAGCAGUUCAACCCCAUCUACGAGGAGGUGUCGGGUCGCUCCAAGUCCAGGAGGGGGGGCUACCGUCACCACGACAGCGAGGACAGCGAAGAGGACGAAGCGAGGAGCCUCGGCAGCGAGGACGAGUUCGCCGAGGACGAGCUCAGCUUGGGCGAGUACCCGAGGCCGCCCGAGUCGGCCAGCAGCAGCCUGCAGGGCUCCACGGGCGGUGACCUGUGCCCGCCGGACGCCGAGCCGAGGGCCAGCGGCAACCGGCGGCUGAAGGCCAGGGGCGCGGCCAAGCACAGCCACUCGCUGGAGCGCAAUCGCAACAACGCGAGCGGACUGCAGGCGAAGCACAACUACUACCUGAGCAAGUCGGCGCUGGCCUUCGACCAGCGGAACCCGGGGCCGUACAGCUCGGUGGAUUUGAUGCAGCACCCGCACCAGGACAGCUCGCCUCCGGAGCCGGCGCCCGGUGCCAACUCCGGCUUCGGCCUGCCGCCCACUGCGGCGUCGCAGGCAGGGUUUAUGAUGGGGCCCGACUGCCAGUAUCCGGCGGCGCCCAACGCACCCUUCUCGACGUUCCUUCUGCAGCCGUGCGGCGCCGUCCAAGAGGACAAUGCGGCCGAAGGAGACGCCGAGAACAUCUACGCGUCCAUCGACGACGACGACGUCACGGCGGCGGGACCGUACACCAUCGGCGGUGGGGCCAGGGUGGCUGCUGCCGCAAAGCCGGGGCAAGGUGCUCGGACAGUGGCAUCGGCCAAGGAGGCUUCGGUGGUGCCCUCUUACGGUGACAUUAGGCCCGUGUUUCCGACCGACCAGAGUGGUCGGACUCUGUGCACGUGAUCUGCGCGUGAAGGUGCCAUGUGCUCGACCACUGCGUACCAAGACGCUUCCGUUGAGUGCGUUGACGUUGUAGGUGAAACGGGGGACUUGCUUCCUUCGAGCUCGGGGGCGUGCUCGAAAAAUGGAUGCGCCUCCUCGAACGACCAUGUUGCGUGUUCCUUCUUUUUUUUUUUUUCUUGUUUCAUUCGCCUGCCUAAGCAUGAGCUACGGGAGGUUUACACAGCGGGCAACCCAGUUCCCCCCUCCCCUUUGUUUAAAUUAUUAGCGUAUGUGCCAGUCUAGGCAGGCAACACCGUUCCAUUUGUCGCCCCGCAAACAAGUCCAAUUGUCCUCGAAGCAUCGAAAGCGGUACCACCCUAGUCGUCGAACUGUUUCUCAGAACUAGAGAGUCGUCUUUCGAUUUUCCCUCUCCAUCUGCCUUCUCAUCGAACGCCAUGUGGCCGGCGUAGCCCUUCGAGUCAAGCCGGCGAUGUACGCAGUCUGCGCAGAGCAGCUAACUCUCCUUCGCAAUAAUCACUCCCUCGAGCGAAGCACGGACGCUACGCAAUAUGCGCUCUCGCUGCUCUAUUUCUUCAUCGGUGUUGAACACUCGGGGGCAAAGAACGCUUUCUCUCGUCUGAGUCCUCCGCGUCUGUCCCAACCCCACGAUAGCGCGGCCUUUAGCCGUGCAGUCGUCUUAGGACGAGCUGACGGUGCAGACUCACCAUUGUGACCAAGUCUUGCACCUUCGGCGUACACUAGUAGUAGUAACGUAUUCAGAUAAUUUAAAUAUCUUACAGAAACUAUGCAGCGAAUGAGUGUGCGUGUAUACGGUUGUGUUGCACCUUAGGGAGUGGCAAGCAGGGGUGUCGCCGCGGCCUCCUGUUCGUUCGGUACGCCUCUUCGUUCCGCAAGUUCUGCCUUGCAGGUGUCCUGCAAUCGACGUUCACUGAACCGCGUGAGCUAACAAUAGUGACAGAGAGCGCUCUGUCGAGCACAAAUGGGAGCAUAUCAACGUUUUUCAUUUUUUUUUUUUUUUACAUUAUUCCAUAUUGUUUCACGAUGGGCAUGCUAGCAUGGUGACGCCCUAGGAGCAUUGCAUACAGAGUUGAUACAUGAGGUAUAACCUACUGUCAUCGCGAAGAAUGUCGAAGCCACUCCGCGAGUGACGAGAUAUUUUGGCGGACCUGCAAAACGCUUGGCGCUUCACUGCGCGCAGUAUUGAACUCAAUUUUCCCCAUCUUCUGGCCGCCUGAAUGUAUUUGAUCCUGGAGCAACGAAAUUUUUGCACAUGACGCCGACGACUGAUUCGGUAUCUUCUAAGUAUCGGGCAUAAUGUGUGCCGAGAAGCUACGCUUACGUCAAUUUGUUUGCUUGCGUCACCGCGAUAAGACCCCAAAACGUUUACAGCCACGCGCCACAGGUGCGUUUGCGCCACUAACGUCUCAUUUUCUUUUCAACCGUGCGCAAGUAUCCACUCUUGCAGAGCCACGACGCAGCCUCUUGGAGUUUGUAUUUAGUGUUGGAAAUCCUAAUUGUGGAAAAUUCCACACGUCACUACUUCCGUGGCCAAUUUCCGGCUUUCCCUAAAAUAUUUCAAGCUGGCUCCUCCCGAAUCGCGUAUACGACGCGCAGUCACUACAGCCAAUGAACGUGGCCGCUAGUUGAAAGUCCUUCUUAAUAUGGCCGACGGCCUCUUGAGAAAUGGUGUUGGGCUGCUGAGCACGAGGUCUCGGGAUCGAAUCCCGGCCACGGCGGCCGCAUUUCGAUGGGGGCGAAAUGCGAAAACACCCGUGUACUUGGAUUUAGGUGCACGUUAAAGAACCCCAGGUGGUCGAAAUUUCCGGAGUCCCCCACUACGGCGUGCCUCAUAAUCAUAUCGUGGUUUUGGCACGUAAAACCCCAUAAUAUUUUUUUAUCUUGAGAAAUGCUACUCACCGCCCUUGCAGAGUCGCUCUCUCUGCAGACGGCGCAGCAGCCCAGCGCGUUCUUUCAAAUUGAGCGGCGUUGGUGUGCCCCUCGAGUGCUCCACAGUGGACGCCGUUAAUGUUUCUAUCGCGGCGGGGAAUGACCUAUUGCCUGUUUAGUAUGCAAGAUGUGCGUUAACGACCCCAAGGAACCGGCGGAGGAUGCGAUGGAAAUGGGUUAAGCGCACUCUACGCCGGGCUGUUGUUCUCGGCUGCCGUAACGAGGCCCAUACGUGACGCUUAAUUGCUUCUUCCCGCGUUCUUCGCUGCCGGGAGAGGUUGAACCAGCCCUUGUGAUACUGUCGACAACCCUCGCUUGCACGAGGGUCUCGCACGCCAUUGCCGAAACCUGCGUGGUUGGAUAACCCUCUUUCGUCUUUGUUCGCCUCGUUUUAAAAUCGAAUUACGCCGAGGUAAUCAGGAGCGCGCGCUUCAGAGAAAGAAAUACGUGGACUUGCUGCUCCCACAUCUACUUCAAACACAGUUGUACUUUCCAAUGUCGCGUGGCAAGAAAGAUAAAGCUUACUGGAUAUAUCGCAAGGUGGAUCGGCGAGGUUUGCCGCUAUUUUGAAAUUUCUACUCGACAGUCAUUGUGGUCGAUAGUUAACAAAUGGUAUCAUGUCUUUUCGUUCUUGUGGCAAAACUCGUCCGCUCACGCAUUUUCUCGUUGCACAAAUACAACGACAACGCGUUGUUUUCAGGCUUCGGAAUAAGUAUAUUCGUGUUCUGAGCCCGCAAUAUGUGCAAAGAGCUAAACAAAAGUAAGCAAAGCGACGCAGAGGCCUGUUCGACCCGGAGGAAACCCUUGCAGUUUUGUAGUGCUCAAGAGUGGAUGGAUGUGAGUGAUCAGAAACCUCGUCACAGCAAUCGUGCUCGCGGUGUUAGCUUAGAACCAAUUGCGUGUGUGCGUCUGGGCUUAUGAGUUGAGUCGACAAAUCUCUGUUAAUUUAAAUUCCAUCUCUCGCAUGUCUUGUCAAGUUGCGUGUAUAUUCUAUGACUAUUCUAUAUUUCGAGUAUUUAAAUCUGCCUGUGGCCCCAUAUUUGUUUGCGACUGUAAGAGUGAUGAAUUUUUCCGCCACUUGAGCAAAACCAUGAUGCGGUUCAAAUAUUCGCUUUUUACCUGCGGCAGAAAGGUUUUUAAAAAGUAUGUCUAGUAUAUUUAUUCAAAUUUGACGACGUUGGACGGUCUCGCGUGACGUGGUCGUGUGAUCUCAGUGCGUGCCAUUACCGGUCUAUCUGCCGUAACGUGAGAGACGACUACCCUCAUAACAGGUUUUAAGCGUUUGAUUAUGACGUCAUUGGAGCAUACGACUAACGCGCCGUGACAAGCGCAUCUAGCUUUCUCUUGUGCGUAACACAGUUUUUUUUUUUUUUGUAAUUCCAUUAUGAUCUCGAUCGCUGCAGAACAAACGUUGUGCACUUUUAUGUGCAUCAAUCUAGCAGCAAACUAUAAUUUGCUUGACUACUAUAAUCAUGUACGCAACCAGUUUCACGAUUAAUAGACGUGCGGCAUUUAUCGUACUUGUCUUGCCUUUUCGAGGUUUCUCUAAAUUUGGCGCUGCAAGACCAUUUAGGCCUUAGACUAAUGGUACACUUGGCACUUUUAUUUCUUUGAGUGGUCACAACUUUAGGUAUCCGUCGCCCUUGUUACGAGAAGAUCCUGCAAGGUGAGCCGGAGCCAAGGGCCUGCACACAACUGUUCGCUUAAGGCGGAUGCAGGUUAUUUGUCGCGGAGCAAAACCGACCAUUACGUUGUAUUUGAAACGAAGUAGGCAUAUUUUUAGUGUUGCGUCAAAAUCUUACAAUGUCUUAGUUCUAAGGGAGCGUUCGACGAAACAAAAAUAAGAAAAGAGUGGGAGCUUGGUUUUGUUUAUAAUGGAAACAAAAAGAUACCAUACGGCAAAUACGGGAACAUCCUUGCGUGCAUGUUCCUGGUAUUGCCUUCGUUUGCGAACUAGAAGGGCGUUCACUUUUAUAUUGCACACAUGUCGCGAACACGCCAACUGCGAAAGAUGUCAUAGUAACGGCGGCACGAAGGCUCUAGUCAUUAGUCGAUUUUUUUUUUUUUUUCUUAGCGCCUCCGUUUCGAAGAUGUGGCAUUACGUUGCGCUGAGUGAUUGACCCAAGGCUGAUAGGGCGAGGUGCGUCGCGAUCAAACUUGAGGUGCUGCCGCGCAUGUGCAGUCGCACGAAUCUAACAUUCGCACCGGUGGCGUUUGCGCUACUCUAAAGAAAAAAAAAAUGUUAUUGUCCCGCACCGUGUUUCUUCGGGGUGUUUCUCACGAUGCCCUGCCGAUGUUUAGAGGCUUUUUAAUGGUCCGCCGACGAAGUGCUGUGGAGUGCUUCGACGCGGGCCUGUGCCGGUUUGACGGUGUGAAACUGCAUGUCUAUGACGACUGCAAACUAUUAGAAGACUGCCGCGCAACGUAAAGCCACGUAUUUUUAGCAUGAUUUACUUGGAGCUUCCGGUAACUGCGGCACUCUCUCUUCGGACGACCCAGAGGUUAUUUCGAAGUGAAGCGAACACUAUGGUUGUUUGCGCCAAGCCACACAGUACGUAUGAGAAAGACACAUGAGACGGUGCUGGAACUAGCUACUUUAUUUAUUAUGACGAAAGCCAUUAGCUUGUACGGACCGGCCAAUUUGACGAUUUUGAACAUCUGUAGCACGGAAUUUCUUGUGUUGCUUCUCGUUCAGCCAUUGCUCGAAACCGAUUCUAGGCGCUUUGCGUUGUGUACUCGGCCUUUGCUGCCUUUCAGGAGGUCAUUCGUCCGCAAGAACUGUUCAUAAGCACGGGAGCAGGCCAGUCUCAUGACGGCGCAUGUGAAGACGACUAAUGACGUCACAGUUCUUGCUGUCGGAAAGGUUCGUGAACCUGACUGCUCUACUGGUAUGCGGGUCGCAUUCUGAGUUGUGUACUUCCUUCGACGUUGCGAUAGGCCUGGUGUCUGUAAAAUAUGGUGGGACGAAAAGUGAGCCGGCCAGCUUCACUGAGCACCGAAAAGUUGGGGUGACAAAUCGGUGUUCUCGUGGUUGAAAGAGAUCGGGAGGAGAUAUGCAGCGCUAUCGAACUUCACAAAAACGCUGCAAGCCCAACGGGUGUGCACGACCUCCGAGGUAUCCGCUCGCCGUUGUCGCUUCGCGGGGCGCGAUUUUCGAGACCAUGACUUUGGUGCACCGCGACAGUCUGCGCUUGCAUCGCUUGCGGUGCAAGUUGCUACAUGAGUAUACGUUCCAUUGCGCAAGAGAUCCGGCGUCAAAUGUGUGGCUGCUCAAGAGCGAGUUUUCAAUUUCUCCGUUGGUAUUGAUCAGCUCGCCAAAGCGACAAUGAGCGCUAGUGGAUGCCGGAAUUCCCCCAGAACCCAGCGGUGACGAAGCACUUGUUCUUUGAUCACCACAUCUUUUGGUGGAACUAUAGCGGAAGCCUAAACGCCCAUGUCUUGUCCAUUGUGUUGACAAGAUGGGUAGAAAAAUCAUUGCACCAUCGCGCCGAAUGUACCAUCAUAUGAAAUUUAGAGCAGCGCCGGAAGUCGUCAUUUCAGAAUGCGAACCCUGUCAUGUCUUAGUAGAACAAAGCGCCAACGAAAUAUUCUGGCUUUUACGUUGUAGUUGCGCUCAUCCAUAUCGUUUCAUGCAUCUUUAUUCACCUCCCAACCUUGAAGUGUUCUGGUUAACGUGCCAUCUGUGUUGCUUUGACGUUCGUGUAUAAUUUUAUUGACACUUUUGAACUGUGGACACCGUAGAUGCUACUGGGUUUAUUUUUUGUGUUUCUUCGAUAGCGAGCGAGUGAUUUGCGAGAGUGUACCUUCCGUGGGUGACGUCCACUGUGCGCGUGUUGAGUGACUGCUUGUGCGCGUGCCUGAAUCACUUUCGGAAGCGGCUGAGUGGAUGGCGAAGACCACGAAGAAAUGAAAAGGACAAACAAAAAAAAAAGAAAGAUGUCACGCUCUGUGUUGUUUCUCAUUUCGGUAUCUUUACCUGAACUUAUUCUUGUUUCGAGUGACCACGUUUCCCUUCGUUCUUUUGUACAUAUGCGUGACAGAGAUGGAUUACGAGAGGAAAAUAUUAAAGAAAACGUCAUCUCAA